GCGGGGUCAGCGCAGUUGGCGGGAGCGGGAAGCGCUUAGACCGCGCUUGGCGCUGAGGAGCCGUUGAGAGACCCGCGCGCCGGGACGCCGACCGCCGCCAUGCACGUCGUCAAGCGGGAUGGACGCCAAGAGCGUGUCAUGUUUGACAAGAUCACGUCGCGCAUCCAGAAGCUCUGCUACGGGCUCAACGCUGACUUUGUUGAUCCCGCCCAGAUCACCAUGAAAGUGAUUCAGGGGCUGUACAGUGGUGUCACGACGGUGGAACUGGAUACGCUGGCUGCUGAAACGGCUGCAACCCUGACCACCAAACACCCUGACUACGCUAUCCUGGCAGCAAGGAUUGCAGUGUCCAAUUUGCACAAAGAAACCAAGAAAGUAUUCAGUGAUGUGAUGGAUGAUCUGUACAACUACAUAAACCCUCACAAUGGGAAGCACUCACCAAUGAUCUCCAAAGAAACUCUAGACAUAGUUUUGGCCAACAAAGAUCGCCUGAAUUCUGCCAUUAUCUAUGACAGAGACUUCUCCUACAACUAUUUCGGUUUUAAGACUCUAGAACGCUCCUACUUGCUGAAAAUCAACUCAAAAGUGGCUGAGCGUCCUCAGCACAUGUUGAUGAGGGUAUCGGUGGGGAUCCACAAAAAUGACAUUGAUGCUGCAAUUGAAACUUACAACCUUCUGUCUGAAAGGUGGUUUACCCAUGCCUCCCCCACGUUAUUCAAUGCAGGCACCAACCGGCCUCAACUUUCCAGUUGUUUCCUGCUGUGCAUGAAGGAUGACAGCAUUGAGGGAAUCUAUGACACUCUCAAGCAGUGUGCGCUGAUCUCAAAGUCUGCUGGUGGGAUUGGCCUUGCUGUGAGCUGUAUCCGAGCCACGGGCAGCUAUAUUGCUGGGACAAAUGGAAAUUCCAAUGGGCUUGUUCCAAUGCUGAGGGUCUACAACAACACUGCCCGUUACGUGGAUCAAGGUGGAAACAAGAGGCCUGGGGCUUUUGCCAUCUACCUGGAGCCGUGGCAUUUGGACAUCUUUGAGUUUCUUGACUUAAAGAAGAACACUGGGAAAGAAGAGCAGCGAGCCAGAGACCUUUUCUUUGCCCUCUGGAUUCCCGAUCUCUUCAUGAGGCGAGUUGAAACCAACCAGGACUGGUCCUUAAUGUGUCCAAAUGAGUGUCCUGGCCUAGAUGAGGUUUGGGGAGAGGAGUUUGAGAAACUAUAUGAGAGUUACGAGAAGCAAGGCCGUGUCCGCAGAGUGGUGAAGGCCCAGCAGCUCUGGUACGCUAUCAUUGAAUCUCAGACAGAGACCGGCACACCGUACAUGCUGUACAAAGACUCUUGCAACCGGAAGAGCAAUCAGCAGAACUUGGGGACCAUCAAAUGCAGCAAUCUGUGUACAGAAAUAGUGGAGUAUACCAGCAAAGAUGAGGUUGCAGUUUGUAAUUUGGCCUCUAUAGCCCUGAACAUGUACGUCACUUCAGAGCAUACAUAUGAUUUCAAGAAGCUAGCUGAAGUCACUAAAGUUAUUGUCCGAAACCUGAACAAAAUCAUUGACAUCAACUACUACCCUGUGCCAGAGGCUGAACGCUCCAACAGACGCCAUCGUCCCAUUGGCAUUGGUGUGCAGGGCCUGGCCGAUGCUUUCAUCUUGAUGAGGUACCCCUUUGAAAGUCCCGAGGCCCAGCGCUUGAACCAGCAAAUUUUUGAGACCAUUUAUUACGGUGCUUUGGAAGCCAGCUGUGAACUUGCCAAGGAGCAAGGACCGUACGAAACAUAUGAGGGUUCUCCUGUCAGCAAAGGAAUUCUUCAGUAUGACAUGUGGAAUGUCACCCCGUCUGAUCUGUGGGACUGGAAGGCUUUAAAGGAGAAGAUUGCUAAAUAUGGUGUCAGAAACAGCCUUCUCCUUUCUCCCAUGCCAACUGCUUCUACUGCUCAGAUCUUGGGCAAUAACGAAUCCAUUGAGCCCUACACCAGUAACAUCUACACACGCAGGGUCCUCUCGGGAGAGUUUCAGGUUGUGAAUCCGCACUUGUUGAAAGAUCUCACAGAGAGGGGCCUGUGGAAUGAGGAGAUGAAAAACCAAAUCAUUGCCCACAACGGCUCUAUCCAGAAUAUACCCGAGAUUCCUGAUGACCUGAAGCAACUCUAUAAGACCGUGUGGGAGAUCUCCCAGAAAACUAUCCUCAAGAUGGCAGCAGACAGAGGAGCUUUCAUUGAUCAGAGCCAGUCUCUCAACAUCCACAUUGCAGAACCCAACUACGGCAAACUCACCAGCAUGCACUUCUACGGCUGGAAGCAGGGUCUGAAGACUGGCAUGUACUAUCUAAGGACAAAACCAGCUGCUAACCCCAUCCAGUUCACCCUGAACAAAGAGAAACUCAGAGAGCGGGAGAAGGCCUCCAAGGAAGAGGAAGAGAAGGAGAGGAAUAAAGCAGCCAUGGUGUGCUCCCUGGAGAACCGGGAUGAGUGUAUGAUGUGUGGCUCCUAAUGGAUCCGCCCUGCAGUGCCAGCAAAGCCAUUCCACCUAGCUGGAGUCCUUCUAAGAUAGAAGCGUCUAGAGUAACUUCAGGAUGUAGAGGCUUGCUGGAACUGUGGCAGGGAGGGGUGAUCACAGUAGUGUAUUGUAGCUUCCCUGUCCAAUUGGGGGUUGGUGCACAGGUAUGGAUAGGGUGCAUAAGAAGUUUGUAUAUUGCUUUAGUAGCUGGGCUUCCUGAAAACUUACGUGCUCUUGCAUGGUCUUACACUGAACCCUACAGGCAGGACUUCUCCUGAACAGACAGGAAAAGUGCUAAUACCACUUACGUUAGAGAUCUGUCCUGGGGACUUCAGACAAUUCUUUUCAUUUACCAAAGACUGUUACUCAUAUCUUCAGAGAACGAAGCGGACCUGACUGAUGUCUCUUCCUUUGCUGUGAUAAGACAGCAGGAAAACAUCCCCAGGCUAGGUGUGUCAUACGCCUGCUAUGCUGUCUGUCAUGGCAAAGGAGCAAUUUAUGUUAAGCUUAGAAAGCUGGAGUGUGUGCACAUCUGCCAGUGAGACCCUUCUCCCACCAUUUCUUACUCUCCUUCUCCCCUCCUCUUCCCUCUCCACAAAGCUUUUUUUGAAGGAGCAGACUGGUGGUAGGUGCGUUGCUACCUGCAGAGUUCAUCUUCUCCAUCCAGCCUGACAGGGCAGAGCGUUGCACUUGGUAAAUAUUCCUUUUCAGUUCCGACCAGGAAAUGGCAGAACUGCUGCAGUGCGUUUUAUUCUGUAUUAAAAACCUACUCUAAUUUAUCAGUCAGUUUUCUGGUAAUGGGCUUCCAUGCUGUCCUUGUCCAGAAAGCCUUCUGAAGUGCACACACCAUCUUUUUUUUCCCGAGAGUUGCAUUUAUCCACCCCAGCUAGUUAUUUGUUCUUUUAAAAAUAAUACAUUUUUACUUAUCCAUGUACUUAACUCCCUGCUCUAAUACGAUGGGGCUUCAUCAUCCAGUUCUUAAAUAUUUAUUGAAUUCAUGUACCAUACAACUAACCCUUUAAUCCAGCCAAACUCAAUAAAACGUGGAAUGUCGAAGGAAUGAGCAGUUGUAUCUUGGGAACACUUUUUUUGAUUAAAAGUGAA